GGAAAGGAGAGGAGAAAAGAGGGAAGAGAGGUUCAUAUAUAAAAGAAACUCUUACUCCCUCUGGGCCUGGAGCCCUGGAGCCCAGUACCUGCCUUCCCCUCCCCUGUCCUCCACCCAGGAGGAGGCCCAGGUCUUCUUCGCUCUGACCUUGGCUCUCAGAGGAACAGACUGACAGACAAUGCAGGCCCACAGGGUCACGUCCGUGUUACUGGCAGCCUUUGUUCUCGUGGAAACCCCAAAGGCCUGGAGCCACCAGGUCUCCCGCCGUGACCUCUUCUCUCGAGAGUCCCCCCUGGACAUGGCACCAGCCUCCUUUGACGACCGGUACACGGGCUGUGUGGCUGCUAUGGAAGCGGUCCUAGCUGACCUCAACCGUACUGAGUUUGAUGCAAGCCCAGUCUAUGCCGAGGCCUGGAACUCAGCGGCUGUCCGCUGGCAGGAGCGCCGGGAGGGGGAGCUGAAGGGGACCCCUACUUCUCGACGACUGCCACCCCCGGGCUUUAGGGAUGAACACGCUGUGGCCCUCCUGGCCUACACAGCAAAUAGCCCCCUGCACCGAGAGUUCAAUGCGGCGGUGAGAGAGGCCGGCAAAUCUCGGGCCUAUUACCUCCGAUAUUUUCCUUUUAAGACCCUUCACUUCCUGCUCACAGAGGCCCUGAGACUGCUGGGCACAGGGCAGCAGCCCAGGUGCCAUCAGGUCUAUCGGGGCAUACAUGGGGUCCGCUUCCGGCCAGCGGGGCCAGGGGCCACCGUUCGCCUGGGGGCCUUUGCCUCAGCUUCCCUCAUGAAUGCUGCUGCCCACCAGUUUGGAGAAGAUACUUUCUUUGGCAUCUGGACUUGCCAUGGGGUUGUUAUUAAGGGCUAUUCCUUCUUCCCUGGGGAGGAGGAGGUGCUGAUUCCUCCCUAUGAGACCUUCCUUGUGGUCAAUGCCUCAGUGCCAGCUCAAGGUCCAGUCCGGAUCUACCUCAAAGCCAAGGACAAGACCAGCACCUUUAACUGCGAGUAUAUCAAAGACAAGCAGUGCACUUCAGGACGCUGCAAACUAAGUAAUUCAGCAGCAGUAGUGAGGAUGGAGCCUUUCUCCCUAUCCCAGCAGUUCCUGCCUCUGCUCUGGCUCCUCACGGUGCUGAUAUCUCUCAAGCCCCCAAGUCUCCUCUGACUACAGCCUAGCCUCACUGAUUCUCUUCAGCACAGAGUACCUGAGCUCAGUGCACACAUAACAGAUUGUGUGAGUCAAGACGGAGCCAAAUGAUUGACCUGACCCGGUAUCUUGGCACAUUAGUGCAGAGCAGCGGUGGAGACCCAAGUAACCAUAAAAGGUCAGAACUUUGGGAGGCUGGAUUAAGCCCAUCAACACUCCUGUAUUUGGCCCCAACUCUAACUUAUCACGGGACCCAGAAGGUUGGCGACCACACUCAGCUGGUACUUCCUCGUCCUACGUCUAGCAAGUUCCCAUCUGCUGCUCCCAUACUGUCUCAGAUGCUCAAGUGAAAACCCCUUUUCUUUAAUUCUCUGUUCAUGAACUCAUGCCUGUACACAGCCCUGCCCCUUGCCACUUCCUAUGCUCCCCUGCUCUCCUCUUCAUCUACGCCCUCUGGAAGCCUCAUUGUAUCAUUAACAAACUCCCCUUUAUCCUAGAUCUUUCCUCUCAUACUCUAUUUCCUUGAACUAAGGGAAACCUGGCUCUCUCUGAAAGACACUAUAUCCUUAGAUAACCUCCCCACCCCACUUACCUUAGUUGUUUCUUCUCUUAUGUUAUCUGGGGACACUGGAUCAAGAGAAAGAGUUACAUCCAUCCUCCUUACUCCCCACUGUCACUUCUGCUUUCCUUCUGUAUUGUCAUUCAGGAACAGCUCUUCCUUUGAUGUUCAUCCCAUCCAUCUAUAUCACUUAGCUGAGACUCAUUACUAUCUGAUACUCUCAUUACUCCCUCGGGGACUCUAAUAUCCAUCUCCAAAUGUUCUUCUUUACCCCUACCCUACCUUCAUACCUGCUGCCUCUGAGUUCUUAAAAUUUCCUGAUUCCCAUUACCUGCAUCUUCAGUUCACUUCAGCCACACGCAGGAGGUGGUCAUGCCUUAGCUUUCACCAUCAUCCCAAAAUUAUUCCACUUAUACAAUCUAGAAAUAUGAAAUGGCUCUCUUUGAAAACAAUAUCCUGGGGGCGGCUAGGUGGUGCAGUGGAUAAAGCACCGGCCCUGGAUUCAGGAGUUCCUGAGUUCAAAUCCAGCCUCAGACACUUGACACUUACUAUCUGUGUGACCCUGGGCAAGUCACUUAACCCCCAUUGCCUGCAAAAAAAAAAAAAGCCAAUCGUUCUUAAUAGAACCUUGACACCACUUUCUCUCCUUCAGCUGUCAUGAGGUGUGAAGACCAAGGAACAACUCAGGGUUGGGUUCAUUGUCCCAAACUGACAGGCUCUUCAGUGUUAAGCCAUAUGUUUCUCUUGAAGUGGCCAGGGUUCGGGUUCACCAUUCCAUGAUGUAUUCUAGCCAGAGCAUAGCAGGGAGCCUGCUAUUUACAUCUCAUUACAAGGAGAAAAUUGAAGCCAUAUUUCAUGAGCAUUCUCAUCUCCAAUACUGCUCAAUCAAAGUUCUUCUAUAUUAUCACUCACCUUUUUUGUUCCAGUAACUGAUAAAGGGGUGUCCCCUCUCCUUGUUAAGGCUACCCCUUUUACUGGUGCCUUUUGUUCCAUCCCUCCCUCUCUCUUCCAGGAGCUGAUAAUUCCUUUUCCUUUCUCAUCUUUAACCUUUUCCUACCUACUGGUUCCUUUCUUGAUACCUGAAAACACAUCCAGGUAGCUACUAUCCUUAAAAACUUAAUUGACUUUAUCAUGCUCUCAAGAUACACUGCCCUCCCACCCCGGCCCCUGCCAAACUUCUAGAAAGAGUACUAAUAGUAGUUAUCAACAUUCAUUGUCUCCACUUGCUCAGCCCUCACUUCUUAUUUUCUUGGAGUCUGGUUUCUGUCCUUUCUGGUCUUCUUGAUCUCUCUUUAGCUUUUGAUAUUGUAGACCAACUCCUUUUCCUCCCUACUCUCCUUCUCUAGGUCUUCAUACCACUGUUCUUCCCUUGUCUCCUCAUAUCCGCUGAUCACUCCUUCUUAGUCUCUUCUGGAAGCAUCAUCUACUUCCUGCCCUCCAAUUGUGGUGCAAUUCCCUCCCUUCUCUCAUGAUAAUAUCAUUAGAUCCUAUGGGUUUACAUGUUCUGUAUAGUAAUGACUCCCCAAAUUAUAUAUCCAGCCCUAAUCUCUCUCUUGGAAUACAGUCUUGCACAGUGUAGUCACUUUGCCCUCUGGGUAGUUUUAUCUAGGUUAUCUCUACCUCAAACUCAACAUAUCCAAAUGGAACUCAUUAUCUUCUCUCCCCUCAUUCAAAUUUCCCUUUUUGUCUUAAUAACAUCCUCCUCCGAAUCACUCAGGUUCAUAACCCCAGACACAUCUUUGACUCUUUCCAUUCCCUUACUCCCCACAAUCAGUUUGUAAGUGUUAUUGAUUCUACUUCAUGACAUCACUUACUUCUGUUUCCUUCUUGCUAUUCACAUAGCCAUCACCUUGAUUUAGGUAGACUCUUGUCUCCUCCCUCAUAGGCUAUUGUAACACCCUUGUAGUUGUUUGCCCUGCUUCUAGUCUCCUCUCCACUCCAUCUUCCACGCAUCAGCCGUAAUAAUCUUCCUAAGGGACAGGCCUGACGAUGCUACAAUACUGUUCACACAUAGCUUCUUAUGGCCUCUGGGAUAAAGUAAACUUUUCUUUUUUUUAAGUUUAAUCUGCAUUUAUUAACACCUUCUUCAUCACUUUCUUAAGUCUAGAUAAUUUACAAAAUAAUAAAUCAAGUCCUAAUUGCUCACAACAAAAAUUGGCUCUCUCCAGUACAUGUUCCUUAAAAUUUUCUUUACACUAUUUAAAGCCCUCAACAAUCUAAUUCCAUUCUAGUUUUUUUCUUCCAUUCAUGUUCCAGCCAACUGGACUGCUGUUACCUGAAUUUGACAUUCCAUCUCUUGUCUAUUGUGUGUUCAUGUAAACAAUCUGCCACAGUAAGAUGUACUCUCUACCUGUCAGCAUCCUUAUCUUCCCUUAAGGUUAUGCUUGGGUGCCUUUAUCUUCUCCUAUCCUUUGUGAUAUCUCCCUUCUCAAAUUAUCUUUUUAUUUACUUAUCUGUAUAUGUAGCAUAUCCUCUUUUUUUUUUUUUUUGUAGGCAAUGGGGGUUAAGUGACUUGCCCGAGGUCACACAGCUAGUAAGUGUCAAGUGUCUGAGGCUGGAUUUGAACUCAGGUACUCCUGAAUUCAGGGCCGGUGCUUUAGCCACUGCACCAUCUAGCUGCCCCCAACAUAUCCUCUUAAUAGAAGGCUUUUGGAGGGCAAGAACUGUCUUAUAUUUGUCUUUGUAUUUUCUGCCCUAGAAGAGUAUCUUGGAAUAGAUGCUCAAUAAAUAUUUGCUGAAUCGAAUUCUUAUUUGGUACUGAUUUUACCUCUCUAUACCCCAGACAUACAGUAAGAGCAUAAGUAUGACCAAGAACCAGGGGGCAGCUAGGUGGUUCAGUGGAUAAAACACCAGCUCUGGAUUUAGGAGGACCUGAGUUCAAGUCCGGCCUCAGAUACUUGAUUGACACUUACUAGCUGUGUUACCCUGGACAAGUCACUUAACCCCCACUGCCCUGCAAAAAAAAAAAAUUUAAUUUAAAAAUAAUUUUUAAAAGUAUGAUCAAGAACCGCCUUUUCUUUUGGAGCAGAUCAUAGAUUUAAAAGGUUUUAAAACUGAAGAGGUCUUAAAGUUAUCAAUCCAAGCUAUUCCUUUGAUAAAUGAGUUCCAUAGAAGCAAAGUGACUUUCUCAGGGUCCAACAACUAUUAAGUAGUAGAACCAGGCUUUCAAUUGAGGUCCUCUAACUCCAGAUACAGUACUCUUUCUACCUCACUAGGUUAUUCUAUUUCCGACUUGGUGCAUUUCUCUACUUAUACAAAUGUAUAAGAAUGUCAUUAAUGAAAAGUCUGAGAGACAUAAUUUCUGGGUAAUUAAUAAUCAAUUUUAUUAAUUAUGACUAGCAAAUAAUAAAAUGAGGUCAAUGGCACUCUCAGAAGCCAAACCCACCCAUGGAGAACAUUGAAUGCUUGAAAAUCCUUUGAAAAAGGGGGUAUACCUGAGGGUGGAAAUCAACUUUGAUUGGUCAACAAUCAAUGAGAGGGUAGACAUAUUAAUGAGGAGGUAGGUCUUCAGAUCCUCAUGCUGAGACUACAUCCCGCCUACAGCAAUCUGGACAAAAGAAUCUAUCUCUACUCAGACUACUCUGACUGGUUUUCCCCUUCAUAAUCGGGGUCCCUCUGAAUUCUAAUGGAAGGUCCCAAGGACAAGGGCUUAUUUCCUAAGGACAAGAUCUCACCUAGACUGGAUUCUGUUUGUAAGGUCUAAUUGGGUGGGGUCCCACCCAAAUAGAAAAGCUAGUACCCUAAGGAUUUGGGCAAUCUCAUAUAUCAGCAAAGUGUUUCAGAGGCUGGGUGAAUAACAUACAGAGGCUGGUUUCUGACUGAGGAAAUAGGAAGGGAAAACCUUAAUCUUAAUUUAAUAAUUGGUUAUAAAUAUAAGAAAUAAUCAUUUCUCUCACUGUCUUGGGGCUACCUCGAUAAUGAGGUUGUAGCCAACAUCUUACACUAUGUACCAAAAUAAGGUCAAAAUGGGUACAGGAUUUAGACAUAAAGGGUGAUACCAUAGGAAAUUAGGAGAGGAAGGAAUGGUUUACCUCUCAGAUCUAUGGAGAGGA